AUGAACCAGAAGGCAGUAAAAGGGAGUGCAAUAUCAAAUUUUCUAGACAGUAGAGCCCUAGAAGAUUACGAGCCUUUGAAGUUUAAUUUCUCGAACGAGGAUCUGAUGUAUGCGGCAACCAUUGAAGAAGAUGCUCAAGAAAGACAUCAUUGGAAACUAAAUUUUGACAAAGCCUCAAAUGCUAGGGGUAACGGAAUCGGGGUAGUCCGAGUAUCCCCAAACGGAGAUCAUUAUCUUCUUACCAGCAAACUUGAUUUUGAUUGCACAAAUAACAUGACAGAAUACGAAGCAUGCAUCAUGGGUAUCCAUCCAGCCAUAGAGCGCAAAAUUAAGGUACUAGAGGUAUACAGGGAUUCGGCACUAGUGAUCUAUCAACUUAAAGGUGAAGGAGAGACGAGAGAUCUCAAGUUGAUUGAUUAUCGAAGGUUGGUCCUUGAGUUAAUUAAGGAGUUUAAUGACAUCACCUUCAACUACCUUCCUCAAGAUGAAAAUCAGAUGGCCGACGCCUUAGCUACCUUAGCUUCCAUGGUCAAAGUGAACAAAUAA